UCCUCUACUGAAACUCGAUGAUGCGUCACUGACACUCCAAAUCUGGAACCAAAAACGCAACCUCUCAAAGAAAUUAUUAAAAGCGAGACUCAGAUCAGAUCAGAUCUCACUCUCACUCUCUCAUCACAUGGCUCCUGUUGCUCCUCGAUCCGGCGACGCAAUCUUCGCCAGCGUCGAACGUGUGAAUGCGGAGCUGUUUACCUUGACGUACGGUGCGAUCGUGCGCCAGUUGCUUACCGAUCUGGAGGAGGUCGAGGAAGUCAACAAGCAGCUUGAUCAAAUGGGUUAUAAUAUUGGAAUUAGACUAAUUGAUGAGUUUCUAGCAAAAUCUAAUGUUGCCAGAUGUGUUGACUUCAAGGAGACAGCUGAAGUAAUUGCAAAGGUUGGUUUUAAAAUGUUCUUAGGGGUCACAGCAUCUGUAAGCAAUUGGGAUGCUGAUGGAACAUGUUGCAGUAUUGUUUUAGAAGACAAUCCUCUGGUAGACUUUGUUGAGCUUCCUGACACAUGUCAAGGUCUAUACUAUUGCAAUGUCUUAAGUGGAGUCAUCAGAGGGGCCUUAGAGAUGGUUUCAAUGAAGACAGAAGUUACAUGGGUUCGUGACAUGCUUCGUGGUGAUGAUGCAUUUGAGUUGCAAGUGAAACUUCUGAAGCAAGUUCCAGAGGAAUACCCAUACAAAGAUGACGAGUAACAUGUCAAGCUCUUAUGUUAUAUAUAUACAAUUUAUGAUUUUUGUUUGUUCUUUAUUUCCCAAUGUGUAGAAUGUUGGUAGCUUAGCUUCUCUUCUAAUGCACAAAUCUCGUGAACUUAAUUAAGCCAAUUUUAUUUCUUAAAUUUA